AUGCAUCCAGCCUGCGGCCCUUCUAUUGGGGACGACACGUCUUCGGACACGUCUUCUGAGCACCAGCCUGCUAAUGGCAGCUCCAACCAUCUUCAUGGUGGCUUCUGUAGUCGUCCACGUACCCCGAACUUCAUGAUCCAGCCGUUCGAUGGAAAUCCGAAGAAUUACGCUCGGUUUAAGAUAUUUGGAGCCUUAUACGAAAACGAAUACAACGGUUUUCCUAUCCUCCUGUUUAUUCUUGACGAGUUCCUAACAGAAGGCGUUCGAAACGAAGUCGGUGAAUGCCUUACUGAUGGUUCCAUGUAUUCCGUUGUGUGGGAACGUCUCGAUUCAGUUUAUGGCCGAACCGAGAUUAUGAACCAGACGUACCUAGAUGACCUGCUCCAGAUUCCGCCAUUGAAGAAUCAAGAAGCUGGCAACCUAAAAUUCUUCACGAACCGUCUACAUGGUGCAGUGGCGACCCUAUCCCAAUCCAAGUAUGCGCAGGAACUUCACAGCCGCACUACCCUGAUCGCUAUUGAAGUGAAGCUGCCGGCAUACCUGAGGGACAAGUGGAGCGAGAAACGUAAGAUGGCGGGAGCAGAAUUGAACAUCCUUGACCUGGAUGAUUGGGUAACUUUAAAAUCCAUGAGUAAACAACAUGGUAAAAUCGUAUUCGAGUCUUUGCCCACGUCGACGUCCAAAAACGUAAGAUUCCAUGAAAAGAAGCCAGUCAAGAGACUCAGCGUUCCUCAUGUAUCCACCAUUGGCCGCGUAUCGACAACGGAAGGCUCGAAAGUAACGGCAGUAUCUUCCCCAGCAACCGUGCCUGCAAGGAGCCGACCGCACAUGGAGAAGAGAAGAGCCGAGAAGAAGAAGCAUUGGAAAUGCUUGAAAAAAGGGCGGAGAAAAUCUUCAAGAUCGGAAGGUGUUUGCUAUGCCUCAAACGGCAACCACGAACGUAAGGAGUGUCCGAAAGACGUCAAAUGCACCAUUAGUGGUUGCACUGGCUCGAGACAUCAUACCUUGCUUCAUGGAGCUGAAUUCAUCCCACAGUGGAAGUCAGCAGAUCAACACACUCCAUCAGCGCAAACAUCGACGGCAUUCCUUGGGACAGCUACCCAUUUGGAGCCUUUAAAGCGACGUGUACGUUUUAAGAUCGUACCAAUCCGCAUUGAUGUUGGUGAAAGGUGGUUCGACACCUACGGUUUCUUGGAUACCGGAAGUGACACCACUCUGAUUAGGAGUGAUGUAGUAAAGAAAUCGGGAAUCGUUGGGCCGUCUAAACGCAUCAACGUUGUAUCGUAUGAUGGGGCCACGUCUAACGUUUGUGCUUCCGUAGUACACUUCUCAAUUGCAUUCCGUGACGGAACGAGCAGGUUUGAAGUCAAGGAUGCUUACGCCGUCGACAAAUUAAAGGUGAUGCCGAACUCCCCGAUCGACCCUCGGCAGCUUGAAUCUUCAACACACCUACUUGGUAUUGAUGUCCCGAACGUUCAACUGGAGGAUGUAACCGUACUCAUCGGAAUCGACGUAGCAGAGGACCACGAUCAUGUCGCUUCCAUCAAACCACCGGCUGGAACAACAUGGCCCAUCACCUUCAAGACUCCGGUUGGUUGGUGCCUGGCUGGUCCAACGUUCCCGCAAAACACCGAUAUCCCGUUCAUCGCACACAUUGUGUCAGAAGAACGAAGAGAAGACCUGAACGAGUUAGUGAAGAGAUUCUGGCAACUCGAGGAAAAGGACGUCGAAGAAGAACCGCCAGUUCUUUCCGAAGACGACCUGCGAGGAAAACGUAUCCUCGACCGUACUAUAAGAAACGUAUGUAAUCGUUUCCAUCCACUCGAGAGGCGUUUCCAUCGAGAUGCUGACUUCGCCCGAAAAUACGAUGCCGUAGUCCAGGAGUACAUCGCAUUAAAACAUGCCAGGCUUCUCACGACUAAAGAGGCAUUGAAGGAAAGCAACUAA